AUGGAGCCAGCUGCAAAGCGUAGAUUUAUCAGCCAGAUUGUUGAGAACUCAGGCAAGAGUCUUGAGGACAUUUCAAAAGAACGAGAGCUCCUAGCUCAAAAUAAGCCAGUUCUCCUCAAAUAUAUUGCAGAUUCAGUAAUCGGCGACCGCAUGCUGUUCCCCACUCCGUAUGGGGACCGACCUCUUGUAUACGCCGAUUACACCGCAUCUGGCCGUUCUCUUUCCUUCAUUGAAGAUUAUAUUCGUGAAGUCAUCUUAGCAGGCACAUUAUUUUUCUAUUCCUCGAAAAAUUUGGUCUUAUAUUUUUGCUUGCCAGGCAUUUUUAUGGAAAAAUUCUCUUUAAAUUGUCUCAGAGUUAAAUUUUCAAAAAUAAAGAGCGAAUAGACUGAAGCCAUCUUAACCAAUUAUUCAAACACCCACACCUAUACCUCCUGGGUAGGCCUGCAAACUCAAUUUUUCAGACACGAAUCGAGAUCUAUCAUCCAUCGAUGUGUCAAUGCAUCUGAAGACGACGUUGUUCUCUUUGCAGGAAGUGGCUGCACAGGCGCUGCCAAUAAGAUUGUUGAAAUCAUGAAAAGAACCAACUGGGGUCACGAAAGCUGCAAUUACCAGCAAAAUCGUUGGGGAUCAAUAGACUGCAAAACUUGUUCUCUUGCCUUUUCAACACAAGGGACUUUUCAUAAGCACUUGCAGUCAGUCUUGCACAAGACUAACACACAAAACGCUGAUGGACAUGCCCAAGUAGAAAACUCACAGCCUAUAAUUUUCUUGUCAAUUUAUGAGCACCACUCAAAUUUGCUGCCGUGGAGAGAAGCUGGCGCAAAUAUAGUGACAAUUGGGGAAAACCCUGACGGGACACUUAACUUAGAGCAGCUUGAAGAAGAGCUCAAAAAAUACCAAAACCACCCUCAUAAAAUAGGCUCAUUUUCAGCAGCGUCAAAUAUAACUGGAAUUCUAACAAAUGUGGAAGCCAUAAGCAAGCUGCUUCAUAGCUAUGACGCUCUUGCAUUUUUCGAUUAUGCAGCUGCAGCUCCAUAUGUAAGAAUCAAUAUGAACCCUUCCAAAGAUGCAGCAAUUGACGCAAUAUUUUUAUCACCUCAUAAAUUCCCAGGAGGGCCUGGAACUCCUGGUAUUUUAGUCGUCAAGAAAAAAUUGCUGGGCAAUGAAGUCCCUACAAAUGUAGGAGGCGGGACUGUAUUUUUUGUGACCGCCCAAGACCAUACAUAUUUUAUUAAUCCUGAAGAAAGAGAAGAAGGCGGAACUCCUGACAUUGUAGGAGCCAUUAGGGCUGGGCUAGCAUUUCAGCUUAAAGAAGCUGUUGGAGAAGAAACAAUUGAGGAAAGAGAAAACGAGCUAGCAAACAGAGCAAAGUCAAGACUGGAGAGAAACCCAAAUAUAGUGAUCUUAAGCAAUGGAACUGCUCCAAGACUACCAAUUUUCUCGUUUUUAAUCAGAUGUGGAAACAGAUUUUUCCAUCACAGCUAUAUCGCAGCACUUCUAAAUGAUUUAUUCGGAAUCGAAUGCAGGGCAGGCUGUGCCUGUGCAAACCCUUAUGGGCUCAACUUGAUGGGAAUUGAUUAUAAUUUAUCGAAGGAUUUGCAAAAUAUGCUAAAUGAAGGCUUUGACUUGUUCAGGCCAGGGUUUGUGAGGAUCAAUCUUAAUUAUUUCUUCAGUGAUGACACUGUGGAAUAUAUUUUGAAAGCAGUUGAGUUUAUAGCUGACAAUGCCUUAUGGUUCUUGCCACAGUAUAAAUUUGACAUGGACAAGGCUGCUUUUGCCCAUCGUGCCUUUAGCACCAAAGCUGGGAGACACCAAGUGAGAAAAUGGCUAGGAGAAAUUUCAUAUGCGCCUGGCUCAAUAACAUACCCGAACUAUCUUCCGAAAAAAGAGGAAAAUUUGAUUAUAUAUAUAGAAAAAGCUGAAGAACUUGCAAGAGAAAUACAGCAAAAUAGGUAUGCUCAUAAAAACCUAUCUGACCACAGAGUAGAAAUCCCAGCAGAGUUUGAGCACUUGCGCUGGUUUAUUUUACCUUCAGAAGCUCUAGGAUUUAUUCAAAGCAAAGGAAUCAACUUCCAGAGUGCCACUUCUCCGUUUUACCCGAAAAAUUAUGCAGGAAUAGUCCAGCCAGAAGCAGUUCUCCCUAAUGCUCUGCCACCUAUGAAAGUACACAGAAGAGAUAAAAAACAGCCCCCUUUAUGGCCAAAAGUUCCGAAGAAGAUCAUGAGAAAUGUAACAAAGGCGAUUGUAGAUUUUGAUAUGAUUAAGGAUGGCGACAAAGUAAUAGUUUGUAUUUCUGGAGGAAAGGACUCUUUGACUUUGCUGCAUGCUCUGAAACAAAUGCAAAGGGUUUCUAAAAAGAACUUUGAGAUUGCUGCUGCUACCGUGGAUCCUCAAACUCCUGAAUAUGACCCAUCUCCAUUAAAAGACUAUUUAGCGACUUUACUUAAAUAAAAUCGGCUUAAUAUAAUGCUUAGCUUCCACUGCCACACAUCAUCCCACUGGGCUCCUGUCCUUGCUUUGGGUAGCCAGCCCACAGUGCGUCAGGCACAGCAUAUUCUUGAUCUGAAUGACCCUCGGCUUCAGGCAUUCGGAUUUCGACAACUGUCUCUCGUGCAAACUAAUUCGUGCCUAUCAGGCACAAAAAAGGUACUUGUCUCCACUACCUGGGUUGGUGGCAAACUUCGAAAAUUUUUUUGUUUGGCAUGGAUGCUCAGCACUAGGCGCCAUUGAUAUUUGGAGCUCAAUCAUCGCGGGAGAAGAAGGAAAACUUCAUAAUCAAAGAUAUGUUAGCCAAAAUUUUUUGUCAGAGACCAGAGAAAAUUUGAGCGUCUACAUCAUUGACUAUAUUUCCGACUUUACAAGUUCCUUAUUUCUAUGAAUCUCAGCCAAUUAUUGAACUGGCAGCCCAAAAAAUGACCAAAAAGAUUUCUCUCUGUGCAUUCUGCUCAAGACUCAAGAGAGGGAUUCUUUAUUCUUGUGCCAGGAGAGAAGGAUAUAACGUCCUUGCCUUAGGCCAGCAUUUGGACGACCUAGCAGAAAGUUUUGUCAUGUCAGCAUUCCACAAUGGUCUAUUAAGAACCAUGAAAGCAAGCUAUGUGAACGACAAAGGCGAUUUAAGAGUCAUCAGGCCACUUGUAUAUGUCAGAGAAAAACUAACAAAAGAAUUCGCUGAAUUCGCCAAACUCCCAAUCAUCACUGAGAACUGUCCUGGCUGUUUUGCUGCGCCAACUGAAAGACAUAGGACAAAAUUGCUGUUGGCUUCUCAAGAGCAGAUUAUUCCUGAUCUGUAUAGUAGCUUAUUAAAUACAAUGAAGCCCAUUAUGAGAGGAAAUCUUGACGACUUGCUAGGAAAAAGACCUAGAGAAGAAGACGAAGAAAAUGAAAAAGAGGAAUGUGAAGAAGAAUGCGAGCAGUGCGUUUUCAACCCAGUUUAA